UUACCCGCACUUUCCCAAACAGCAAAAAGCCUGACGAGCUUCUGCGCUAGUCCCAAUGCAGACAAUUGUCAACAACCUCUUCGACACGGCAUCUUUGCUUUUGUUUACAAUACUUUAUUCCACCUCGAAAUUCUCUGUCGACGCUGCGCUCUUCGCACGGUUGAAGCUAAGGGAGUUUACACAUAUAUCGCUCCUUACUCUUGAACGAAACCCCUUUAGGUUUUGAAGAAGAAAAAAAAAGCAACCGGAGAAAAAGGAGAGCCCCCCGACUCCCUGUCUUCCUCACAAUGGCCCGCUUGAAUGAAUCAACAUCGUCAGCUGAAUCAAUAGAAAUAUUAAAAAGACGAUUUGUACGACAAAACCGUGAGAUCGCACGAGUAAAUUCGAUACAGUCCCUGCGUAUUCGCAGCCUCGAAUCAGAGGUCUCCCACCUCCUUGCCGAGAAUGUAUCGCUCCGAGAGCAGCUGAUAAGCCUCAGUCAAGAAUUGGAACGAUUUGAGGCGGCGAGGACGCUACAAGAUGGCGUUUACGAUGUCAAAUCCCGACUCGAUAGCAAGCUAGUAGAGCUGGGAAAUUUGGUCGCAGAGCUGGGAAGCUUGCCUCGCCAGUUCUCUAAAACAUGCCGCGAAAAAUCUGAAUCCACAUCUCAGGUACCUCCAAGACGACCAGACCUAAGUCUUCGCCCUAAUGCUGCCGACUCUGAAUGGAAUCCGAAUGUUGAAGCCGAUGGAAGACUUCCAAUUAUUCUGGAAGAUAAAUAUUAUCCAAGGCGCACAUUAGAGCCUCAAGAAAUUGAACAGUUUGUGAACCAUGACACGAAAAUUCCUAGUUCUCCUGGGCUAGAAGACAUCUCUAUUUCCCCAAAGCCAAGCCCUGAAGAUAUCAGCCUGCCUGCAAACCACGAAGAAGCCGAGGACGAUAUUCAAAAAUUGGGCUACGACGUGGGGGAUGAACACGUGCUACCGCCCACCCUGGAAACAAGGCGAAAGAAAAGGACAGAACCAGCUACGGUAGAUAAAGUGCAGGCCAAUCCCGUAUCACCAUCGUUGCCGGAUGUGAAUUUUACACAAAAAUGUGGCGCAAAACGCAAAUUUUCAGUGGAGGAUGAGCAGAGCUUUGAGCCAGUACCAGCGGAAGACGAUGGCUUCGAAUUCAGUCGGCCUGUUCACUCACCACUAAAUAUAUCCUCGAGUGUGGAUCACUCUCCGGUUAAAAGGAAACCUCAAUCUAGUGUGCGGUCCAUAAGUCUUGGGCAACCCAAGCGAAAAGUACUCGAACCAAAGAAUACAAAUCUCAGUGUAUCUUCCCCCACAAAAUCACGCGCUAUCAAGGGCUACAAUCGGUACCAGAAUAACGCAGCAAACGAUGCAAGAGAGAACCUUCAACCAAAGGAAGACAAAGGCAACAAACUCCGGGAGAGAGACAUUUCCCCGAUAAAGCCGAGUGUUCCUUUGCAUAGCUAUGAACAAGAGGCGGAUAACACUGGAGCUCAUGACGCCGGACAAGAGUCUGCAGCUGCACCCACUCCGCCUGUUCGACCUUCGAGACGCCAGAGGGCCAUCGUCAGCUAUGCCGAACCAAACUUGAGAGACAAGAUGAGACGGUCAACAAACGAGCUUGUAGCGGCAGUCGGGGUUGAUAAACCAAGGAAGUCCACUUCCUACACAGUUCACACAGAUACAGCUAAGGAAUCGGAUGAGCAAAGGAGCAGUAUUGGAGCUUGGGAUGUCGCCGAGGAAAAGCACACCUUGGCUCCUCUGGAAACGCUCAGCAGCCAUGCGAAGCGUCAGAUGAAUAUGAUCUCUCAAAGGAAACGCAAAACUUCACCAAUUGACAAGGCUAGCCAGGCGAGUGAUGGCGCUUAUAUAGAAGACGCAACCGAAGAUCAAACCCAGUUUUCCAGUGCUGAGACGGACAAAAACGAGAAAAAGACAAUAACAAAACAGGAGGAAGCCUCCAUAAAAGUCGAUCCAGCAGUCUCUGGUACAACUAGACAGUCCCGUCGGCACUCCUCAAACAUCAAGUCUUCUGAGCGAAACAGGCCUCUCGAAAUCAAUACUGAACUAGAAGGUAGUGCAUCGUUUCAAGCUGGAGUGGCCAACUUGAUAUCCGAGAUCACAACCAACUCUACAAGGAGCAAGGAGGAUUUUGAGGGGGAUUCCCCGGAUCACGGCGAUAUAUUCACCAUUGAGGCAAAGCAAAUAAGACGCGGGCAGCGAGCCGCAGCCAGGCGACGGAGUAUGAUGUUAUAGAUAGGUUUUGGAGUAGUAGGGGAUCAUUCGCAAAUAGUAUCUUAAUGAGACCUUCUGCAUCUACACUGCUUGUGUAUCUAAUCUCUAUUGCGCUACAAGUUCCCAAACCCCCUAGUGAGGUAAGUCCAAAGAACCGGACCAUCAAGUCAUGCAUGAGCUGCGCAUACAUCGCACGGCAACAAUUCUUUUGCUUUGAAAAGAAACAUCCCCACGCUAUUAUCUUGGCCUUCCCUCGGUAUUCUGACGUGGCAUGGGACGGAUUGUCUCUCGAGUCUCGUUUCCG